AUGUUAAGGCAACCUUCGAUACUUUCGUAUGAAGAUGUAGGUCACCAGGUUAUAUGGAACAAUAAAAAUAUUACUGUCCAAAAGAUCUCACUUUUCGAAAAACACUUGCUUUCUAAAGGAAUUGUUACGAUCGGUGAUCUCAUUUCUGACACUGGAAUCUUCUUAAAGGGUGUGAAGGUAUUACAUGCAAAUUUAUCUCCGAUACCACAUUUUAGGUUAAUGAGAGUCGUGGACGCCAUUCCUCGUGACUGGAGGCGUAUUAUUAGACCAAGCGCUCAACAUCUCCCUUCUCAUACAGAUGACAUAAUUUACUUGAAAUUAGAAAAUUCUGAUGUAAUGGUAGCAAAAAUCACUUCCAAAUCACUUAAUAACGCGUUUAAAAGCAAAAAGCAUAUCCCUCCAACUGCGCGAAAAAAGUUCGAUGAAAAAUUUCCACAGUUUCCGUUUGACUGGAAGAAUAUAUACUCCUUGCCUUUUACCGUCACAAUUGAAACUUAA